AGGAGAUGCGCACAACAUCAGCAAGUAUUUACUCGCUACUUUGUGCGCAUCCCUUCCACCGUUUCACCGCCACAGCAUGCUGUAAGCGUCUGAACUAUGGCCGUAACAGUCGUACGUACGUAGAAGAUAGUUUUGAGUAAUUUUUUGUGUGGUCUUACAUCAGUUUACCUUCGGAGAACAAUUUAAUCCCAGACUGGCAUAUGUUUUUCACGCGAAGGAGCAAAGCACCACACUAGCAAAGAAGAGGGAAGUACUUUUAAAUUGUUACAAAACUCACAAAAAUGUAUUUAAACUUUUGUGAUUCUCGUUUAUGCUCGAAUAUUCGGAGCGAUACUAUUUGUACAGACGGAUAUGAAGUUACCAAUUUGAUAACGGAUCCUGAAAAAGGAUUCUUGGCUUAUUCAACAAUUAAACCGCCAGUUCAUAUAGAAAUCACUUUCGAGUGUAGUGUGCGUAUAAGUCACAUACUGAUUUGGCCAUCUGUUGGAUCGCAGAAGUCGUCGGGCUUCAUACUUUCCACCAAAACCAGCAAUACCAUUUACGAGCGAUAUACUCCCAUAGCUAACGCGAUGUUGACACCUCAUGACAAAGGAGUGUUGUUUUAUCUGCGUAGUACUAAACCCAAUACAAUCUCCACACCACCAAAUUUCGUGAAACAUAUCAUGAAAGCACGAUCUGAACCACGUCUACCGACUUCAGUCAUGUCUGCUCGAGUUUUACGAAUAACUAUUACAAAGACUGAAAAAUCGGUGCCAGCUUUGAGAAAGGUGGAAGUGUGGGGAAGAGUAUCGCCUAUCUGCGGACCGGAUGUUCUAGAAAAAGUUAGGACUUUAUUAAAUGCAUUGCCACCACAUGAUAAACAUCAAACUGUUCCUGCUCCUGAAAACGUCGUGGAAAAACAGCAGGAAAAUCAAAGUGAUCAAGAAAUUAAAAAACAGUUUGAAAUACCUAAAGAUUUCUUGGAUCCUAUUACAUGGGAAAUAAUGACUCAGCCUGUUUUACUGCCUAGUGGAAAUGUGAUAGAUGAAAGCACAUUAGAAAAAUUUGAACAAAAUGAAAAUAUUUGGGGGAGAGCAGUGUCAGAUCCCUUUACUGGUAUUCCAUUUGACAACAUCAAUCCAAUCUUACUGCCUGUUUUAAAAUCAAGGAUUGAUAAAUUUCUGUUAGAAAAUAGCGAUAAGGAUGAAAUAAAAAAGAUGCCAAGAGUUCUAGGUCAUAGUAAUACUUCGAUUAUGACACGAAGACUGAGAAUAAUACCAAAGUGUUUGCAAAACAAUAAGCGCAUAAAGAGAACUGUUAAACAUGCUACAUUAGAUGCAUGCAAGCAAGAGAUUGAUAAUAAUAAUGAUUCACAACAAACAAAAAGAUUUUGUCAUCAGUUACCAGCAGUUGUAACAAGACAGUCUCCACUGAAACAAUCAAAUUUUAUUGUAACAAAACCAAAAAGUCACGUACAAUCAUCAUCAAUCGAUAUUAAUGAUAAUUUGUUAAAUGACAAUUCAAACAAACUUUUGUUGAACAACGAAGUCAAGUUAAUUACAGAAAACGUAGAUUCGAUUGCUACAAGCGAAAGGUGUGAAUGCUGUGAAAAUUGUAUUCUUUAUAAACUACCAUGCAGACAUAAGAUAUGUAGAAAACAAUUAUUGUCUGCUGUCUAUAAACAGUGUACAUUAUGUGGACUUCCUUACAAAUCAAACGAAGUUGAACGAAUUCAUACGUAUAUGUAGCGAAAUAUAAAUUACUCAUCUAGGUAGGUAAAUUUUAACAAGUAUGAGUUUGUUCAACUCUGAUUUGAAGGCUUUAAAAAGUCUUUAAGAAAGCUUUUAUAACUCUAUAACUAUGCAAGUGCUGUCACUGCAUUUUCUUUUAUCAGGGUUUUAAUAUAAGUAUUUUUUUUUCUUAUUAUCAUAAAUAAUUGAAACAAAAUGGACACGGGAUCAAACCUCGUGUCUUGUUCGAAAAUUCGAGUUUUUCACUCUAUCUAAAGGCCCAAUAGUUUUUCAACCGAUAAACAUGGUUGAAAAAUACAGUUUUGGGGAAAAACUCUCAAGAUCUUAAUAGAAUUGAAACAUAUGAUUUUUUAUGGAGAAUUUGUUAUUUAACAUUUCUUCAGUUUUAAGAACUUAUUUGCAUGCUUUUAAGUUUGAUUUGGUAAAAAUAUUAUAUGAGAUAUGAUGUAUACGAGGAGUUAUGUCAUUUGGGCCAUUUGAUGAAAUGGACAAUUUGCUGGAUACACUUAUA